AUGUCAGGCUCGACACUCCAGUGAAUAAUAAUAAGAUGUAAAUGUAUUAAAAUUAAAUAAAGGAGUUUAAUAAACAUUUUAACGUUAUAAGUUAAAAUAUAAGUCAGUAGCACCAGUCAGUAUGAGUGGUGAACCUCAAGCAAAACGCACCAAAAUGAGCGCCCUUGACCAGCUGAAGCAGGUAUCUACGGUGGUCGCCGACACCGGGGACUUUGAAGCCAUGAAGGCUUACAAGCCUACAGAUGCCACCACCAAUCCCAGCCUGAUCCUGUCGGCUGCGGCAAUGGAGCAAUACCAGCAUAUUCUGGAUAAAGCCAUCAAGUACGGCAAGGAUACUGGCAGCACCAUUGAGGAACAAGUGAGCGAAACACUAGACAUGCUGAGUGUACUCUUUGGAUGUGAGAUCCUGAAAAUCAUCCCUGGUCGGGUAUCUGUUGAAGUUGACGCCAGACUGUCAUUCGACAAAGAAGCCAGCAUUGCGAAGGCUAUCAAGCUCAUCAACACCUUCUCCGAUUACGGCAUCAAGAAGGAAAGGAUCCUUAUUAAGCUGGCAUCCACCUGGGAAGGCAUCCAAGCUGCCAAGGAAUUGGAGAAGAAACACGGCAUCCAUUGCAACCUGACGCUGCUGUUCUCUCUCUACCAAGCCAUCGCGUGCGCGGAGGCUCACGUCACCCUCAUCUCGCCGUUCGUCGGCAGGAUCUUGGACUGGCACGUAGAGCACACAAAGAAAACGUACGAGGGCAAGGAGGACCCCGGCGUGCUGUCCGUCACCCGCAUCUUCAACUACUACAAGAAGUUUGGCUACAACACACAGGUGAUGGGCGCGUCGUUCCGCAACACCGGCGAGAUCCGCGAGCUGGCGGGCUGCGACCUGCUCACCGUCAGCCCCAAGCUGCUGCAGGAGCUGGCCGCCAGCGACCAGCCGCUGCCGAAGGUGCUUGACCCAAAAGCUGCGGCAAAGAGCGAUAUAGAGAAGGUAUCGCUGACGGAGGCCCAGUUCCGCUGGCACAUGAACGAGGACCAGAUGGCCACGGACAAGCUCUCGGACGGCAUCAGGAAGUUCGCCGCCGACAACAGGAAACUCGAGACCCUCAUCCGGAGCCUGCUCGCCAACAAGUGAACACCACUAGGCAGUGAAUAUGUAAUAAGUAUCGUUUUCGUAAUAUAAGCAUACAGUUUUGUGGGCCGAUUCACGCAGGACAACAAUGUCUUCUACUACAAUCAUUGUUUUUACUGCAGCUUGUAUAAUUAGUGAAUUUGACGCAAGGCUCAAAGUCGGGACCAAAUGUAUUGGUUGGGUGGGUACAUAGCGUUUGUACAUUAUUACUUAGUAUAAACAUAUUUUAUAAAGUAGCGAGGCGGUCCUAGUGUCUUCCUUUGUUAAUUAUAAAUUAUAAUCAUGAAUUCUUAACUACGAAAAACUACGAACGGAUACUUAUUUUAUUCACACCAUUAAAUACUUACCUAGGUAUAGGUACUCGUUGUUGAAAAUCGAUGUUGAUAAUGAAGAUAAUCAUUCAGAUGAAAUAUAAUCAUUGUUUUUUGGAAAUUGUUUACAUAUUUUGGAUUACUUUUAUACGUUUGUUGAUUUACCUAAGCGAUAAUGUCUAUUUAGAGUUUAAUCGUGAAAUGACUAUUAAACAAAGUACUAAAUUGGGGACCAUAAAUGUACAAAGACUAAAUUCCUAUAUUUUACAUAAUUGUUGUAACAACCAAAAUAAAUCAGGUGAUUUGUAACUA